AUGACGCUCAAAACAGGAUCCAAUCCAUCCAACGAGACACUUCACAAUAUGUUAACGAAAAAGGGGAACAUCGUCAACUCACGUCCGCUAACGUACGCGCCGGUACAAGAUCCGGAUGCUCCAGUCCUAGCAUCGAACCACUUUCUUCGGGGUUCAUCGAGUCGGGUACGAGACUAUCUACCGGAGUUAACCAAGCGCUCGAAGCGGCGGUCCGGCGAAGUCAACCCAAUUGAGGUGAACGAUAAUGUAGUAUUCGUCGACCUAUGGCUUCCAGGGAACUGUUGGCCCAAAGAAUGGAUUAUUUCGGCUAACACGAGCGAGGACGGACAGAUUUUUCUGACUUCCUCCCAUUUCAUUGCAGCUACCAAACGUGAUUCGGUGAAAAGUACCGACCAGUCUCGAUCCCAAGACGAAGAAUCGCGGCGCAGCAAAUCCUUGGACGGCGAUGCAAUCAUAGAUCCCAUUCGACAGCUGGAUAAAAGUAAAAACAAAUCCGCCUGGAGUAAGGUGAAAGGGAUCGUUAAAAACCACCGGGGAUCACUGAAAUCGAACGGAUCGCGAAAGAACAACAAGUCAUCGAAUAGCGUCGGUUGUAGCCGAGAAGCAAGCCCGUGUGACUCUUUGGAAGCUAGCGAACUGCAGCGAGAGCGGUCCGAUUCCUUCUCGUCGAACCAAACCUCUCCCGGUCACAGGAAUAAUACACCGACCCUGCUGACACUUCCAUCCGGCGACAAUAACAGCUGUCCGAAUUCCCCUUGUGGAUCGCUGCCGGCUGCCUUUUCGAGUGAUGACAAUGACUGGAAAUCCGAGAGUAAACUCGGUAGAACCGGAAGCACAGAGCGACCGGCGACAACGAUCGGAAAAGAUUCGACCGUAAGCAGGAAUUCCCGCAAGAGCAGACACAUACCUGAGAUUGAAUCCGUACCUGAAGGACUUCCGAUAGAUCCCAAACAGAGCAGUAUUAACACGAAAAUAAGGAAGUCUCCUCCGAAACCGCUCAGUCUUCGUCAGGAAUCGCUGGACGUGGAUGCCUCUGCUGAUCAGUCUCUUUCUUCACCUGGAUCUCAGCGGGAUGUCUCCAAGAGCUCGCCGAAUCGUAAAAGUUACGGCGGCGAUGAGACCUCGGCCCCGGAGAGUCCGUUCAAAACAUACGAGUUCUUCGAAGGUGAAAUGGAGGACUUUUCCAGUGGAGAUGUUUCCGAUCAGAACACACCCCACCGGAGACCUUCGCCGAAAACAAAGAAUCUCUUGCGACAGCGAGAGGAGAUUCAACAACGCUACAUGGAACUGCAAAACAAGCUUCAGCGAGAGUUCGACGCCAAGCAGCAGGAGUGGGAGCGGCUUCGUCCAGCAGCCCUCCUACUGACCAACAGUCCCAUCAACCAGUACCUACGGGACGACACACCACCUAGUCCAAAGCGAGAACAACAAGCGCCGAUCGUGGAAGAGAACCUUUCUCCGGACUUUAAGAAGAAGCUUGAUGAGUGGCGAAUCAAGCAUCAGCCACAGCCGAAACCGGGUUCAUCGAAAGAUUCAUCCACGGAUGGAAAGAAGAGGCCGGCCACCGAUUGGCAGUUGUGGAAAACUGGUCAAAUCAAGCUGGAAGGACAGGGAUUGACGCAGUUGCCGAACGCGAAAGAUCUGCCGGAAGAUUUUCAGAAAAAGCUAUCUGAAUGGAAACAGAUGAAGGCAGCGAAUAAGGUUCCUUCUUAUACCACGCAAUCGGCACAGCUGAGUGAGUCGAUGAAGCGCCAGCUUAGCAAGUCAGCCGGUGCAUCGGUAAAGAAAGCGAAACCCACGGAAGAACACAAGGGUGAAGGGCUUUCCAAGCUGAAAGCGUUGGUUAGCACCGAGGUACCGAAAAAGGAGCUAGUCGUCCAGACGACAAAAGGUUUCAUCAAGUUCGAAGGCAUUUCGAGAAAAUUCACCCGCCGCUUGUUCGAAUGGGAAAAGGCGAAAGGAAUUGGACCGGAAGCUUCAACUAUAGCAUUGCUUCAUCCGGGAUACGCUCCGGUGGUCGUCGAGAACAGUGGAAAUGUGGUUGAGGCGAAGCGUGAGAAGUCACCCGCUCUCGGUCGAUCACUAUCGCUGGACAGUAUUUCACCGAAUCCUUCGGCACCUUCGAUCUCACAUCAACCGUCAAGUUUGUCAUUGAACGAUGCUGACGAGCGGAAGGAAGCGAGUGAGAAGGAUGCGAUGGUGGGAAAUCGUAGGGUAUCGUCUAAUCCAGAACUGGAGCUCUCGGUGGAACGAGAGGAGCCACGAGCAGUGUUGGUGGAAGUAGAGGAAGAUGUACUGGAAGUUGCGGAUUCGUUGACAGCAUCGGCAACUUGUUCGGCUGCGGAUUCCACCGGUAGUCAAAAUAAAACAGAACCUGACUACAGCUCGCGGCCAUCCAGCAGCAGCGGUUCGAUCCUAAAAGACUCCACCAAACUGUUGAUUCGACUGCGUGAGCAGGAUUCCGUGGACCGCGAUGAGGUCCGUAGACUCAAAAUCGUCCUGCGAGCACUGAUUGCUACUCUGCCGGAGUUUGUGGAAACCGGUUCACGUGAUAGCAUAGCAUUUUUCGCCUACAUGAAGGAUCUUGCUCAGGAUAUUCUACGACACUUGUACCGUUUCGAGGACGGUUCGCUGAAGCAUGCCAGCGAGGUGCUGGAAAAUGUCCAACUGAUCAAUUCGUACGUGGCGGAUCUUAAGAAAUCGCUUCAUUCUUACAUGAAGUAUGCCUCAGCGGUAGCUCGAAAUGACGAUGAUAUCCCACAGAUCAGUAUUACUCCGGCGUACGUAGUGCAAGCGACUAGUUCAAUUCAACGUUCGGAAGAUGGACUACGAAGUAUGGCCACGAUCAAUGUGACACCCACGUUCGUGUGCAAUGCCGUUAAAGUAAAUGCGGUAGACAAUGGUAAGGUAAAAGCACGACAAUUUCCAAUUAGUUCGGAAUCGGACCCGAUUCCACUUACCUCCCAGUCUCCGGAUUCUUCAACUCAUGUAGAAGGAAGUGUGGUAGAGGAGCGGCCACUUGAUCGGGAUAGUAAGAAGGUAGCACGUAAUUUGAGUAACGGUUCGAGGAAAAAAACGCGCAUUAAAAGGAUGGGAUCACGACAAAACAGCAAAACGGAGAGCGAUAGUGACGAAAGUCCGGCAAACUACGUUCUAGACGUCCCGAGAAAGACAAAGCGCAAGACAAGCAGAGCGAAGAAACCCUCCGAUUCGACAGAGAAGCUUCAUCAGCAGCAGGCAGAGGAUGUAGUUUACGUUUUGAAGAUUAAGCCGAAUCAACCUGAAAUACAGGCCCUCGUGUCCCCAUCGGUCAGUGUCACCGAAGAUGUUCUAAUAUCUCCGACAGAAACAUGUGUAGAACUACUCGACAACCAGGGUAGCUCCAAUUCGAUCAACUGUACGGCUAGCGUGUUAGUCAAAACUAAACGGAGAAUAUUUACCACCGUCGAAGGUGAGUCUACGAACAAUGGAUCUUCUCUGGCAACUCCGGGAGUCGUGAGCCGUGACAUCGAGUCAUCCAGUCCGUCCGAUCGAACCGAUCAGCUAGAAUAUUCAAGAAGCGAAACGAGAAUCGUAACGAAUCUACCACCACUACCGCAAUCUCCGAGUACCCAGCGACGGCUGGAACUGCUGAAGAGUGCCCCUUCCAAGGAACUUUCCCCGAACAUUCGACUAAUGGUGGCCAAGUACAAUCAACGGCUGUCAUCCGAACGUACCGGUAACUCUCCCCAUAGUUCAGGAUCGUGCUCUCCAGUAGCAUGGCGGUCACCGGUUCUUGAUCGUAGAGUGAGAAAGCAAACAGAAAAAUACCAGGAAAGCAUUCAACUGUCAAAAUCGGCCAGCGCUGGAAGUUUGCGGAAAUCGCUGAAACAACUUGAGACAGAUCAACAGUGUUCUGGGGUUAGUGAUACGGCAUCAUCGACCAGUAAGGUGAUAAAAUCUUCCAGUACGGGAAUGAUUGAGUCUAAUCGGCUAAAAAGUAAACCGAAUGAGAGGGACCAUGAGGAUUCAACUGAAAUGACAUUUCUAGCGUACGAUAGCCUACGGCGGAAGGACACCUUGUCACGAAAGGAGAGAAAGGAGAUGGAACAGGAAAGCAUCAAGAAGAUGGAAACGUUGAAGAAGGAACGGUUGUACAAGAAACGAACGGAGUCUCCGAAAGGGAUUGGCUUGGGAACGGUUAGAAAGCUGUCAAAGGAGAAACAUUCGAGGCGUCGGUCUAUGCCCGGAGAGGAGGUGGUAAGUGAUCGUUGCAACGAAGAAAACCAUCCGAGAACGAACGAAGGUAAACCACCGAGCCCACGGUUGGCAUUAAGGAGAAAAUAUUCCACACACAGCACCUCGCAAUCGGCACCAACGACUCCGCUGGACGAGGAUAAGGGAAUUGUGCAAAUGAGUCAGCGAGCGUUAAAGUUGAGAAAGGCGAAAGAGGAGUUUUUGCAGAAUUCGACGGAAGGCGCUAGGGCGGAACAACGGCAACAGAUAUGGAAAAACCGAAUCAGUCAAAUUAGUAUGGCCAGUGCGAACAGUGUUGACGAUACGCUGUUGAUGAAGAGCGCCAGUGCUGGAGUGAUUGGUGGAAAACCAGCGGCUGGAGAAGAAGCUCGGGAGCGAGGAAGCGUGUACGAAGCACUGUCACGAGAUUCGGCAAGGGUAGUGAGUGCGGAGAGUGGCGGAGAUGAGGGUUCAUCGCGAAACACGAGUGCUCAUAGCAGUCGGUUCGGGUUGUCGAAUCUGGCUUCGAAGCUGAGGAAAGUUAAGCUUAGAAGAAGCAGCAAGGAUCUCAGUAGGAUGCAAACGAUCUCUACGCUCUGUCGGCAGAGUUUAAUGGUUGAUAUCAGCGGAGAGGCAUCGAAGUUGGGCAGUGAGCAGAAUCUGGGUCAGAGUUCUAGUCACGGAAGCGGACGAGAAGGCGGAACGCGAGAGGUGCUGAAGAAGUCAGGUAGUGUACAGGCAAUAUGCAAUCGGUUUCGCAAGAGUAACGAACGAAGCGACGAGUUGAAGAAGAGCAGAAGUUUGGGCUUUUUGGAACCGGAACGGAAAGGUUCACAGUGAAUGUUCAGCUUCGCAGUAGUAUUAUAUACACAAAUGAGAAGAGCAAUAUUUUCUCGAAAUUAAAUAAGAAAUGUUGAUGUAAAUGUUUGGAGCAUAAGAGAUUAUCAUGUUCCGAUUCGAAAUUCAGAAGAUGCUGUACACAUCUGCUGUCAUCGAUUGAUGAAAUGUUUGUACCAUUGAUCUGAAUAAAUCGUGAGAUUCUGA